AUGGCAUCAAACGCAACAGUCCUGAUCACCCCAACCAAAUGCCCUGAGGCCCCCAAAUGCCCUGAGGCCCCCAAAUGCCCUUCCGAUUUGAAGACAGCUCUUAUUGCUGGCGCGUUUGGCCCGACUGGGUCUGUGCUUCUUUUGGGACUUGUGGCUUGGAUUUUCUGGUAUGCAAAGUCUGCUUUAUUCGCUCUUGCUGAGUCGGUUCAGAAGAAGGAGGAGAAAAAGGGGGAGCGGCGGCAGAGGCGGUGGUGGAACCUUCGGGCCGAUAAUGGUGAGCAACUCGAGAAGCGCUUGUGGGAAGUGUAG